AUGCCCUCCCCAACAUCGUCUCCCUUUUAUACUCUUCGAUUAGAUAAUCCAUUGAUAAAUAUCGAUGAGGCCGUCCUUAAGUUCCAAGAUGAUUUUGCUCUCUGUCAGGAUGCCUGUGAGUUGGUAAGAACUACACAAGGAGAUGGAAGCGUUUGUUUUGUCAAGUUUUUUGACAACAAGGAAAACCUCGAUCACUUUGUUAGCUUUUUGGAGAAGCUAUCUGAUAAACCACUCGACUUGGAGAUUCUCGAUUUUGAACAUCAAUUGAACCUACAACUCCCAGGAAACCUGUACAUUAGAGGUCUCCUUCCCACCACCACAUCCGAGAAUCUCUAUGAUAUUUUUUGUCCAUACGGUGACAUCCAACUUUGUAAGAUCAUCUAUGAUGACUAUGGUUUUUCCAAAGGCUAUGGCUUCGUCAAUCUUGCCAAUAAAGUACAGGCAGAUGAAGCCAUCAGUCAUCUAAACGGUUGCAAUGUCGACGGUAAUAAUUUAUUUAUUAACCACCACGUCUCCAAAAAGGAUCGAUUAAAGCAGCUGGAGCUCAAAAAGGAAAACUACUCAAACAUAUACGUCAAGAACAUUCCUGCCAAAAUCCAGAAAGAUCAGCUUUAUAGCCUAUUUAAAAAGUUUGGCACCAUCGAGUCAGUUUUUUUACCUCCAAGUGAUACCAAUGAACAGGAGAGCAAAGGCUAUGGAUUCAUCAACUUUAAGUACCACGAUGACGCUUUAAAAGCACAAGAGGAGAUGAAUGGCUAUGAAAUUCUUCCCGGUUAUGAGAUGCAAAUAUCCAGGGCAGAGAGGAAGAAAGAUCGCUUUCAAUUCCAGAAUUUGAACUCGCAUUAUAGUAUGGAUUACUUACAGGCCACUUCAUUCUCUCCGGUUUCUCCUUCAUCUCUAUCUAAUGUCGACUCUAACGCUUUUUCUUUCAUCUCACCCAUCGCUAGUACCGACGGCUAUGAUGAAGGUAAUGCAGAAGCCGCUGGUGAGGUAGAAACUGUGAGUGAAGCAGAAUCCGGGAGCAAUGACGAUGACUUGUCUACAUCUAACUCUAAGAAGGGAGGCCCUCCAAUUACGCCGUUUGUGCUGGCGAUGGACUCUAGCAUCGUUCCAACAGUGGCAGGACUACCUAUUGCAGGCCCCGACUAUCAGGAUUCCAAUCUAUACAUCACGCAUCUCCCAUUAGAUUUUACAGAUACAGAUUUGGAAGGAUUGUUUACAGAAUUUGGCCCUAUAGUCUCGGCGAAGGUUAUCACAUACCAAAAAGGUAAGCGUAAUGGUCUGCUUGAUCAGCAGAUAGGAUCGCGCGAUGCUAGAGGCAAAGAUCCAGAGUCAUUGGUGGGAAAAUCUAAAGGCUUUGGUUUCGUCUGCUUUCAGAAGCCGCUCUUUGCCUCUAAGGCACUCAUGGCAAUGAAUGGUUACCGAAUUGAUAGUACGCAUGUUCUCAAUGUGUCCUUUGCUCAGAGAAAAGAGAACAAAUUCCAAAGGGGAAAACUGCAUCACUAUAAUCAGAAUAAUCUUGGCCGUUUCUAUAGAUAUCUCAGCUAUCCGAACGGAACUACGGAUACUAAUGCGGGUCCAGUAGGUGCCAUUCCGAUGGGACUUAUGCCCUCCGCGGCUCCCGUGGGUCCUGCGGGUCCUAUGAGUGCUAUGAAUGCUGUAGGACCUUUGGGACCUUUGGGACCUCUGGGACCGAUUAGUCCUAUGGGGCAUAUGCUUCCAGGGGUUAUUCCGCUUUCUCCCACUUCCGAUUCAGCUCCAAUCUAUCAUUCCCAGAUUACAUUUGACGAGGAGAAUUACGAUGCUGGUGACAACGACGACACUAAUAUUAAAGGUAAAAGCAAUGGCAAAGGAAAAGGCAGAAACGGUGUUGACAGAUUUGGUGAUAUGUCAUCCUCUGAUGCUUCGCAGUAUCCUUCUUUCGUUCCAUACGGUGGUUACUACUACUACCCGUAUGUCCCUUACGUACCAGUAACACCUCUUGCUCCAGAGUCUUCCGAUCCCAAGGAAGUUUCGAGAUGA